UCGAUUUCGAUUACCAACAAAUUGUCAAUCAUAUAUUCAGCUCGUAAAUUAGGAAAAUUGCGGAUUCGCUUCUGCAAUUUUUUAAUCCCAUUCAUGGAAGGACUUGUUAAUUAUAGCAGCGAAGACGAGCAGGAGGAGACGAUGGAUCGUAUAACAGCUGAACGCGCAAGCGGCGGGCGUAGCCCUGGAAAAUCACGGCGUUCCUAUGGCAUGGACUCGAGCAUGAUGCGCGACGGCAGUGGUGGCGGUAGUGCACGCGGCACACCUACUGCACGCAGAGAUGAGGAUUCACAAAGGCAGAAGGCUUCCUAUGGUAGCGCCAGUAGGUCUACAUCGUCUGCAUUGCCUAGCCGCAACAAACAGCGUGACAACCGUGAUAACAGACGAGAUAGUCGUGACGUUGUACGUGACCAUCGAGACGAAAGGGAGCCGAGGGACACACGACACUCGAAAGAUAAUAAUCGAUUUGACUACAAGGGCGAUCGUUCGCGCACAAGAGAAUACCAAAAUGAUUAUAAGCGGGAACGUGACAGCCAUGAUAACCGUAGACCUCCUCGCGAAGACGAUCGUUAUCGUCCCUCUUCUUCUUCUUCUUCUUCAUACAAGAAUAGUCGUCAUAGCGGCAAUGGCCGCGAUGAACGCUCACGUCACGAUUUGUCAUCUCAAAAUCCUACCUCCUCAUUUCGCCAGCAUAAUCACAAUCGUUCAUUUGAUCAUCGCCACUCAGAGCACUAUGAUCGCACUUCUGAUCGAGCUAGUGGUCGCCAUCGCCGUCGUAGUAACUCUCGUUCCCCAUCACCUCCCCCUACACAGCGACAUUCCCAUAGUAAACGCUCCAUGCAUGAUGAAAAAUCUUAUUCACGACAUCGCACACGAUCACGCUCCGCUACCCCAACACGUUCUGAUUCACGUGAGCGCAGCCGUGAAGGACUUGCGCUAGAACAAGCGCGCUUGUCAGCUAUUGAAAUGGAGCGUAAAAUACAACCUGAUAGCCGAGCAUCCAAAGAUAAAGAAGUGCAUACGUCGUCGCAAGGGGGCGGACGUAGUACGGAAGCAUUAUUGUCUCUUCCUCUUAGUGAUACGGCGCCAAAACAGCCUAACUUGAUUGCGGUGGCUCCAGUUUCCUUAAAUAAUGCCGAACCUGCCGUCAUUCAACUACCUAGUUACUAUAAUCCAAAUGUUAUAAACCCUAACAGAUAUGCUGAGCAAGUGCAAAAACGCAAACUACUUUGGGGUGCUAAGAAAUCUGAGGACACGGCGGCAAAAUGGGGUAAUGCUCAAUUUUCACAAGAUACCGAUGGAAAAGUGGCAUCUAAAUUCAUGCGUUUAAUGGGCAUCAAAGGUAGCGGCCCUACAAAGGCGGAGAGUCAAGAAGCUGAGCCGAAAAAUGUGCCGUCUGUGGCGCCUGAUAUCAAAACUCGAGAAGUAAUGUUCUCAAACAUGGAACAGCAGUAUGAAGUUGCGCGUCAAGCAACCCAUACAAUGCGAGGCGUUGGAUUAGGUUUCAGUUCUCAGGCUCGGCCGUUUUAAAAGCAUGAAGGAACCAAGUACUCGGGGGGGAAAGGUGUAUUUUCGAUUUCAGUUUGUUUAAUUUUAACCAAACUUAACCUAAUGAUUCAGAAUGUUAAAUAAAUAAAGUAAAACAUUGUAGAAA